GACAAUUGUCAAUAAAUAUCACUAGAACGGAAUUGACAAAACUGUGGUGAGUUCUGUCGCGCGCGCAUGUCAUUGAUAAAUUUAUCCUACACCUGAGUACUUUCCUCAUUAUUGCAUACGAGGGAAACUUGUUUGGCUGCCGUAAGACGCGUAAAAGCAGAAAUUUCAACUUUAUCGUGAUCAAAUUUAUCUCAAUAUAGUGAACUGGAAAAAUGUCACAACCAACUGAAAAUAUUUUUCUAUUCGUCCCAAAUUUGAUUGGAUAUGCCCGCAUUAUUCUGGCGAUUAUUUCGUUUUGGUUUAUGAGCACGAACUACAUCAUUUCAGGAUGGUGUUAUAUAAUUAGCGUGAGUCUGGAUUCAAUGGAUGGAUACGCCGCGAGAGCGUUGAAUCAAAGCACGAGAUUCGGUGCAAUGCUUGAUCAAUUAACAGAUCGAUGUGGUACAAUGGGUCUUCUCGUUACUUUAAGCUACUUUUAUCCUAAAUACAUGUUCCUGUUUCAAAUAUCAAUGGCUAUUGAUAUCGCGUGUCACUGGUUGUACAUGCAAACGAGCACUCUUUCCGGGAAAUCAUCACACAAAUUACAUGACAACCUCGUAAUGCGCAUCUACUACCAGAAGGAUGUACUGACAUUCAUGUGCGCAACAAACGAGUGUUUCUACGCCGCCUUGUACAUGUAUCACUUCACAACAGGGCCAAUGAUCCUGGGACUUUCGUUCUUCAAAUUGAUCGCUUUGCUAUGCGGUCCGUUUGCCGUCAUCAAAUCCCUGAUUUCGCUGAUCCAUGCAUAUGUUGCAUGCCAAGAUUUGGGGGCGAUUGAUGUUAAAGAACGACAAGAGAUCCGUCAACAGCACGAGCAAGGCAAAAAAUUAGAGUAGAGCAAUCUUUAAAGUGUCCACCUUUGAAGUCGAUUUGAAACUCGAAUCUUCAGAGGCCAGAGCUGGAAAGUAAUAAACUGAACUGCUUGAAUUAUUUCCAAAUAUACAGAAAACAGAAUAUUAUUUAAGGAGAAAGUGUAAAAAUUUUGACUGUAUUGUGUCGUACUUUGUUUACCUCUAUCGUCCGAGUUAUCGACUACGAAGCGAAAGGGAGAAACUUUGACGAUCAGUAAUCAUACAUGAAAUCUGAGACGAGAAAUUCCAAAAUUGUGACAAAAACAUCGCAUUUAUAAGAAAAAAAUUAUUUUUUAUUUUUAUACAAAUUUUCUUAACAUAAACAACGCAUUCUAUUUAUUAUCAUUUUCGAAUUUAAAGCUGAAACCACUUGCAGUCAAGUUCAGCGAACUCGUAUUUUGAAUCAAAGCAAAAAAAACUAUAAAAUUAGAAAGUAUUAGAGUUGACGUAAUGAAAAACGUACCUUAAUGUGACCAAAGUUGAGAAGAUUGGAAGUUAAACGGGAUUUUAUUUAGAUAUAUCUUUAUUCAUUGUCAAUGAGGACGAUUCCAGUUGCACCUUGCUGUAUUUUGUAUUGUGAUGCAAUAGGGAGGUUAGCUAUAACCAGAUUGUUUUAUUUUUACCAUUUUGUUCAUACAAAAUUAUGAAUCCUUUUUGUGAUUGGUACUUUUGGUGAUAAUUCCAAGUUUCCCGGGAGUGUAGAGGUAAUAAGUUUAAUGUAAAAGUAAAUAAUGCUUUACUUGUUAAAUAGUAGAAAAUAUAUAGUUUCUAAAUUUAAGUAAGAGAAGCAUUUAUCUGUAGUUUGUGAAUAAAUAUGAUGAAAUAUAUGUUACAAACCCUAAUAAAAA